AUGGCGCGACCAUUAGCCUUUCGAAACAGAGCCUUUCAUCCCAUCAGCAACUCCGGUCCCGCAACGUCGUUGCUGCGAGAUGUCGCUCCAGAGCACUCUGUCAACAUAUUGGCCCUGGGAUGCGGUGACAUACGCAACGUUCUGUACACCGUCUACUCUGAGUCCGAGAAUCUGAAUCGCAAGUUAGACUUGACUUUUUGUGACGUUGAGCCAGCUGUACUGAGUAAGACGUCUCAACUUGCGCCAGCAUUUCUGAAGUAUUUAGCGCGCAACAUCAUAUUGCUCACGAUGAUACUCGAUAACGUCGGCAUCGACACCAUCUGGAAGAGUUUCAUGUUUGCCUCUCAGACCAGAUCCAAACUGCCGGAGAUGUUCGUCUCCUAA